GGAAGGUGGGCUCUUUGUUAAAUGUCUACAUUGUGGGAUGAGUCAAAAUAGUUAUCCUCAGCAUCAAGAGUUACACGAUGUAUGAAGGCAGCUCUGACAGCUUCUUGGACGCUCCCAUCUCGAACAACGCCCAUGGUUUCUGCGGUACUGCAGGAGCAAGCGGUGGAAGCCAAGCCGCGUGGGGCUGUGUUAGCCUUUAUUUCAUACACAGCGUUUCCAGGGCAUCUGUUUACAGUGCACGGCAGCAGGACGAGAAGCAAGCAGGGCUGUAUCGGCAGCAGCCCGGGGCUGUGUGCAGCAGGGGCCUCUCCCUGCCAGGCUCGGGUGCGCGCGGGGCGGCCGCUGCACGGCGGUCCGGGCAUGGAGCGGCUCCGGGCGGACGCGGCGGCCUUGGACGAGUACGCGGAGUAUCGGCGAAUUGUAGGUGAUGACGAUGGAGGAAAGCUUUUUACCCCUGAGGAAUACGAGGAGUAUAAAAGGAAGGUGCUGCCCAUCCGGCUGCAGAACAGGCUGUACGUCAGCUGGAGAUCCCCCACGGGCAUGGACUGCAAGCUGGUGGGACCUGAGACGCCGUGCUUCUGUACUCACCGGUAUAAACAACACAAAACAGAUUAUGAAGUGAUUCCCAAAGACCGUCCCAUCUGCGUGCCGUGCAGAGUGAGCCGCUGUCCAUGCCAGUCCUACCACUACGUCCCUCUCAAUGGCACGCAGCCCAUCCGCUGUAGGUGCAAACACUUUGCUGAUCAGCACAGCGCAGCUCCUGGAUUCUCCUGCAACUCGUGUUCCACAUGUUCGGGAUUUCACAGUUGCUUUACCUGUGGAUGUGGUCAGCCAACACAUGCACAUGAAACAGUAGUGGAAACUAAAGAAGAGCGGUUAGCCCAGGGAAAGCCAGUGGGGCAGGAUGUUCCCUAUGCUGCUAUGGGGGGACUGACUGGUUUCAGUUCACUGGCAGAAGGCUACAUGAGACUUGAUGACAGCGGAAUAGGGGCUCCUCCUGCUGAGCUGUUAGAAUCCCCUAUAACCAGCAUGGAUCAUCCGUUUCUAAAGGCAUUUCAGGGACCUUCUUCCUCUGCCCAGAGCAUCUCGCAGAUCGCAGGUGGUUCUAGUGCCACAGCACCAGCUUCUCAUGACAGGCGCUCAGAAGAAGACGACAUGGCUUAUUUUGAAAAGCGUUAUCAGGAGCGGCUGAAAGCGGAGAAGGCUGCUAAAAGAAGAGAGAAAAGCCUGGUGCCAUCAAAGAAACCAUGACAUUAACGAAUAAAUAUUAACUGUGGUUAAUCAUUUAUUACUUGUUGAUUACAAGUUAAUUACAUGUGUAAGAAUAUUUUGUCCCUGUAUGUGUUUGUUUACUUCUUUCUUCCCUUCUUUAUUUGGUUCUGUUCUUCUACCGAAGUUAAUUUUUAAUUAUCUUGUAAUAAAUUUGGUACUUUAAUCCAAGCGUUUCUAAUCACUGGAAAAAUAACACCUGAGUUAACUUUGUAGGCUUGCCUGAACACAGAGAUGUAAAGCUGUUUGUCUUUAAGAGUUCUAGAGCUUAACCUAUUACCUUUGUUGGAAUGCAUGAUAUAUCAAAAUACAUACCAAAUGUUUAAAACAUAUCUUUACCUUUAAAUUCUAUGCUGUUACAUACGGUUUUAUCUUAAUAAAUAAAAAUACUAAUUUGA